AUGUCUGUGCCACUACCGCCCCCAGCAGCGAUACCGCUGCCUCCGUCAGCAAGCGCGGCUCCACCGCCGCCCCCCAUGGCAGCUGUACCACUCCCACCUCCUCCGCCCAUGGCAGCCGUUCCUCCGCCACCGCUCGCGCCAUUGGCUCUGCCUCCACCAGCGAGCAUCGCCCCUCUGCCACAGCUGCCAGGCGUCAAUGUAGCGGUGCCGACACCACCACUCUCGGCGAUUCCUGCGGACCCACUGCCUCCGACAGCCGCACCCCUUGCUCCAACAAGUGUGGUGGCCCCACCUGCGUCCGUACAGGUGGCAGCAGCGCAACCGCCUGUGCAACCCAUCUCCGUUGAGGCUUGGCGGACUCUGGAAGCCACAACCCGUGAACCGGUGCCGAACAUGGAGGCCACCCGCUACCUGGCGGUGGAGGAGCGGGUGCGAGAUGAGGUGUGUCGGCUCUUUAUCCUUUCUGACUACGAUGUUGGUACCCUCAUGGUAAACGUCGUCCAAAGCCUCCAGCAUGUGGGACGUCAUGACGUGGGCCUUCUACGGAACCAGAUGAGCACGGCCUUCACUGUCACUCAGUCCACCGCGUACGCGCGGCAAAGGAACACCUCGGUGGAGGAGCGACGCCACGCUGUUGCCGAUGCGGUCGAGCGCAUCAACCAGACUGGCAGCAAAGCCGAACGUGCGUUUGCUGAGGUGGCGCAACGGGUGACACCGGCUGCGCUUCCGGCAGCACCAGUGACGGUUGCCUCCCCCGCUGCAGUGCCGAUGUUCCGCAAGAGCGCUUACGAACUGCUGAUGGAGCAAAUCGCAGCCACUCGCCGCGGCUGCAGCCCACAGAACCGUCGCAUCUCCUCGCCGGAGGGGCGGCGGAAGCGCGCAGCGGGUGGGGCGGGGUGUGGUGAGCAUCCUACCUCCUACAACGGCAGCUAUCUGCUGCGGCGCUACGGGAGCACGUACGAUCCGCGGCGCCACUAUAGCCAUUACCGCUACUACGGCCUUCCUCCAUCGAAGUGA